AUGGCUGUCGACGUCGCCAAGAUCAUCUGUUCGCUUGCUGUAGUGCUUCUUGACGGAUCAGGCUGGCGGUUAUGGCGCAGCUGGCGGAUAAGGGAGUUCCUACAAGGCUCCAUGGUGCCAGCGUUCGUGUACACGGUGCAGAACGUGCUUAUCAACAUCGCUUAUCGCCACCUGCACCCGGUCACCUUCGCCAUGCUGUCCCAGACGAAGCUUCUCUUCACCGCCCUUUUCAAUUUCAUAUUCCUCAGGCAGAAGCAGUCCGUCCGGCAGGUGCUGGCCCUGCUCACCAUGCUCGUAGCAGCUGUUCUCCUCUCCAUUGCCGACCACGUGCAGCUCUCCCUCUCCCUGGGGGGAAGCGAGAAGGAGGGCUCGCGAGAUGGAGACGGGAAAGUAGGGACGGAGGAAGCAGGGAGCGGCAAGGCUAGUGCAGGUGGAGGGAGUGGAGGGUUGACGGAGAGUCUAGCAGCAUCGGUGUUGUUUGGUGCGAUUCCCAUGCUGGCAGCAUCUGUCACGUCUGGGUUCGGGUCUAUGUACUGCCAGUGGGUCUCCCAGGUGAAGGGCCGCAGCUCCUACCUCAUGACCAUCGAGAUGUCCUCCUUCAGCUUCUGCCUGCUCCUCGCCUCGCUCCUGCUGCUGCCAUCAUCGCACGAUGCUGCACGCAUGAGGGAACUAGGAUUCUUCCACGCCUGGACCCUCCUCUCCACGGUGCCCAUAUUGACCAACGCACUGGCAGGCAUUCUCGUGGGGGUGGUGGUGCAGGUGUCUGGGGGACUCAAGAAGGGCUUCGUGAUGAUAAUAGCGCUGCUGGUGACGGCAGCAGCUCAGCUUCUCUUGGAAGGCGAGCCUCCCCCUCUUCUCGUCACUCACAUGCAUGUGGCAUGCCCAUACGUGGAGAGGAAGGGGAUGGGUGGGGAGGAGGAUUCAGACCAGGAGAAGACAAAGAAAGAGGUGACUCUCCUUCCCUGUUGGUAUGGACAGGGCAGUGUUAUUUUCCAUGGUAGUGCAGCGGGUGACCUUUCCCGGGGUAGAUAG